AUGCAUGAAAGGGCCUGCCAGACGGACAUCCAAUGGGAAGUGCCACGUUCCGGGCCUAAGGUACCUACCUACCAUAGGCACCACGUCCACAAGAUAAUUGCACCAAGCAAAAACCGCCUGUCUGUCACUUCCACCAUCACCAUCAUCACCAUCUCUCCUCAAAACCUGCUUCUCUCUGUCCCAUGCGAAAAUGCAUUCUCAAAGUCCAAGCCUGUCUCCGUUUCGUUUGCCACACCGGCCUGUCCAGACCAAGCGAUAUUGACGGACAUGAUGUACGGAUACUCCGGGCCAUGCCACAACAUACCGUAUGUCGGACAUAGAGUCGUACACAAAUCGCACGCUUUUGUCUCGCGUCCAGCGCCUCAAGUCCAAGAAUCGCUAACACUGAUUGUCCCGAUUCUGGCAGCCCGGCCCCAACAAUCCUCUUCGUCUUUGAUUGCCCCCUUGGCUCGACUUCAGACUCUUCCAACACAGGUACCUUUGGUCUUCGCAGUCUACGUAGUACUCCGUGGAUACGGCUACUACCUGGCCUCUUUCCAGUCUCAUCUGGACUGGACCGCCGCUAUUUCAAUGGCAUAUUCUCAGACUCCUCAGUCCGAAGUCCUCACUGCGGAUAAUAUCGCUCACAGAGCCACCACCCCCUUUCACCUCGAGCUCGGACACCACAUCUGCAUCACUACGCCCCUGGGCCUCAUCAUAAUCACAUCAGCCCCUUCUGAAUGCUGCUCGAUCUCGGCCUCGGUUGGUGUCCAGGUGAAAACUGACUGGUCAAGAGCGAUAUCGGUAUUCACGAAACCGUCAUCAUCUCUUGCUCCUAAUUGUACUCUUGCUACGUCCCAUGCAAGCUCCAUCAAAACGACUCACCGGCGCACCUCGUACUUGAUUAUACUGGCUUUCUCGUCCGAUCCUAUCCCUGGUAACCUUCGUCGCGGCACUCCAGGUUGGCUUCGGAGAGUCUGCCGCACCGGAGCACCGGCCGGGCCCAUCUGGUGCUACCCUUGGGUCACUAAGUGCAUACGGAGUAGGUAUUUGUCCACGGCACCUCCUUUGGCAGAUCACCAACUCAAGUUUCGGCUUCCAUUGCAUUUCGCCAACCAAAGCCUAGUCCGGCCAGUCUGGUGCCACAUAUCCGACAUUGGCAUGGUGUCAGUCCUGCAUUCACGACUCCAUCUGACCUUCGGCUUGACUUCGCCUAAACAUGGUCUUGGUUGUCCUCCUUACUCUUCCUACUCCAGGACACUGGAGGAAUGGCACGUUGAUAAGCCGGUCGGACCGGUAUCAGAGGAACUAACAGUCCUCGGCGCCAGUUUGGCGAACAAGUCGCAGUCGGACAAUAUCUCCACUGCGGAACAAGACCUUCCAGUACUGAUUGCUUCGUCGCCAGCAUUGUCAUUAGGAAAUGGCGCUGUUUACUCAGAUAACUCGCAGCAGCAACAAUCCCCAGCCGCUGGAAUCCUGGGAAUGGCUAUGUACCCAAUGAUACCUUGA